UGUUUUGGGGGAUUUUUAGUAUUUCUUUUUUCCUCUCUGCUGUAUUUAUUUUUAUUUUUUCUAAAAUUUAUCAUGAGUUUCUCUAGUUAUGUUUGUUUGUGUUUGAUUUUUCUAUGCAUUUUUGGACAUGAAUGUAAUGCUAUUUGAGAAUGGGAGGAAAAAAGUAGUUUUUGAAGUUGAAAGUUGAAAAAAAGUUCAAAUUUUGUGAGUGGUAUUUGUAGUUUGAAGUUGAAAAAUGGUGUUUGGAAGUAGAAUUAGUUUGAAAAAAGUUCAAAUUUUGUGAGUUGUAUUUAAAGUUUGAAGUUGGAAGUGGUGUUUGAAAGUUGAAAUUGUGUUUUCACAUGAAGAAAAGUUCAAAUUUUCUGAGGAGUAUUUGGAGUUUGUAGCUGAAAAAUGGUGUUUGAAAGUUGAAUUUGUUUGGAAAAAGUUCAAAUUUUUUUAGUUGUAUUUAAAGUUUGAAGUUGGAGCUGGUGUUUGGAAGUUGAAAUUGUGUUUUCACUUGAAGAAAAGUUCAAAUUGUGUGAGUAGUAUUUGGAGUUUGAAGUUGAAAAAUGGUGUUUGGAAGUUGAAUUUGUUUGAAAAAAGUUCAACUUUUGUGAGUUGUAUUUAAAGUUUGAAGUGGUGUUUGGAAGUUGAAAUUGUGUUUUCACUUGAAUAAAAGUUCAAAAUUUGUGAGUAGCAUUUGAAGUUUGAAGUUGGAAAAUGGUGUCUGGAAGUUGAAUUUGUGUUUUAUUUUUUCUGUGUGUUUGAAUCUUUGAGACCAUAUGAAUGCAUAUUCAGCUCUGGGGACACUCUACCUUCGCAGACCUCACUGUGUGGGAUUAAGUAGUAUUUUGUUGUUUUUGUUGUUGAAAUGCCUUCUAUAGCGGAGCUAGUAUUUGAGGCUCAUCAGUUUUGGGAUUCUUGUUUUUUUUCAAGUUACUAGGUUCUGAAUGAAUAAAUUGUACAUAAGGAGUUCCUAAGAAAAAUACGAAAUUUGGACCAAAGCUACUACACUCUAGCUCCGCCUUGUUUCUAAAGCACGGUGUAUCAUAGGUUUAGGUAGAAGAAAGAGAAACCGGAGAUGGAACAACUUGUCUUCAGUUGUCUAAAUAAAAAAAAACUUGGCUCCAGUUCUAACGGCAUUGAGUGAUAGUUGGAUAAGUUGUUUUUCAGUGCUUAACUUGAUCUCACUGAGUGAAGUGCAAUGAGAGAAUAUUCAGGAAAUGGAUGGGACGUGAAAUUAGCUUAUAGUAUUUUGGAAAGAUAUAAACUUUUUAGAAUUCCUGCAAACAGUAAAACAAAAUCUCCACUUUUCCAUCCAUUUCUCAAACCAGCAAAGGCAUUAAAAAAAAAGAAUGGAAAACUACUUGAAGAUUUAUCACAAAAAGCUCAUUUCAAUUUUGUGAUUGCUCUCUGAUUUGUUAUCUCGGAAGGGGAGCCUUGGUGUAACUGGUAAAGUUGCCUCAUGUGACCAGGAGUUCACGGGUUCGAGUUGUGGAAACAACUUCUUGUAGAAAUGCAGGGACUCGAGCUGAAAUAUAUUGAGUGCAAUCGUCCUUCCAAUUCUAGAAAAUUUGACAGUCAGGCAAAUUGUUACCAGUACAGCUUUGUAAUUCAAUCUAUUGCUUCCAGAAGGAAAUAGAAUCCAUUGCCAUUUGAAAGCCUUGCUUGAUGCUGGGGAACUAGAAGAGGAUACAGGUAGUGGUGAUGUUCUCUAUUUUUCUCUGAGAAGUAUUCUAAAUUGCUACUUUCAAGUCACACAGAUAAGGCAAAAAAUCAGAGAGGUUCUUAAGAUUCUCAAUUGCUGGUUUUCCACUCAAUUCGUUUCAGUUCAAUAUAGUCUGAAAAUUCAUUUAUCCAACACUCUCUCAAAACCAAUGGUUUAUGGAUGGAAUGGUAGGCCUCUAUGAUCUGUACACUCUAAUGAUCCAAGCAGUCAAUUGGAACAUUUCAGACUCCCAAAAGAAAUAGGAUUGAAACUACACGAACUGUUAGCCAUUAGCUAUGAGCAAUGCAUGUGUUUCGAGAUUCAGCAGCAUUCAGAAAACAGCUGUCCCAUUUCCUGGCAGAAGCUAUCAUGGCAUUGUUUUCUUGAGGAACUUCUCAACUUUGACAGCACCAUGUAUCUCUCCAAGCAUUCCUCUCAGUUAUCCUCCACCAUCAGUAGUUUCAGUGGCCUGCCUAACCCAAUCAGAUGCUCCACAACGUUCUGAGGAGUGGUUUGCCCUUCGCAAAGACAAAUUAACUACAAGCACCUUCAGCACUGCUUUAGGAUUCUGGAAAGGGAAUCGACGAUAUGAGCUCUGGCAUGAGAAGGUAUUUGCUCCAGAAGUCCAAUUACUACCAUCUCCUAGCAGGAGUGCCAUGGAUUGGGGUGUUCUCAUGGAAGCAGUAGCCAUAGAACGCUAUAAAAGCAUCACUGGUCGUGAUGUGAGCUCACUCGGGUUCGCAGUCCAUUCGGAUGAGCGAUUGGAUUGGGUUGGUGCCUCCCCGGAUGGUCUUCUUGGAAGCUUGCCUGGAGGUGGGAUCCUGGAAGUAAAAUGCCCAUACAACAAAGGAAAACCAGAAAAGGGCCUCCCAUGGUCAACUAUGCCAUUCUACUACAUGCCUCAGGUGCAAGGGCAAAUGGAAAUCAUGGACAGAGAUUGGGUUGAUGUGUAUUGUUGGACACCAAACGGGAGCGCAAUAUUCCGUGUCUACCGAGAGCGGAGUUACUGGGAGUUAAUGCAUGGAAUUUUAUGGGAAUUUUGGUGGGAAAAUGUGGUUCCUGCUAGAGAAGCUCUUCUAAUGGGAAAUGAAGAGGGUGCCACAGCCUAUAAACCAACAUCAACUCACAAAAAAACAGGACUUGUCAUUUCAAGAAGCUUGAAGUUGGCAGGUGAGUCUAAGAUGUUGUGCAGGGAUAUUGCUGGUCAUAUUGAAUUUUUUCGCUAGUGUGACCAACGAGCAUUCAACGUGCAAGUUGAUGAUUUUUUUUGGGUGAAGAAUCGCCUUAUCCCCAAUGUGGGACUUUUCUAGGCGAAUCUUGAUCAAGUCAAGCUCCAAUGCAAGUACUGAACACUAGGUGGGAAACCAAGCAAAAACAUGCGAAGUUGUACGCCUGUUUUCUAGAGCUUGGCAUCUUGAUAGCUAGUCUAUAUGGUCGAAGUUGGGACAAUUACAACAACAUACGCCACAUUGUGGUGGAGUUCCACUUGUUAAAGUUUUGAAAUGCAGCUCGAUAGAUGUUCUAUUCGAGUUGUUUUAGGGGUAUUUUUGUCCAGAUGCUAUUUUACGAAGAUGCCUGAAGAAACCAUGUAACGAUUCGAGCAUUUCGAAUAGAUUUUUCUGCAUUUUUUCAAGGCUUUAGAAAGUAGAUACAUACUUCUGAAUUAUAUUUGAAAUGUAGCUAAACUUUUGAUUGUUGGCUCAAAAACUGGCCAUUCAGCCACAUUUUUUUCCAGUUGAUAUCAAAAUUGACUUACUGAUGCAUUAUUGAAA